GAUACUACCAUGGCUUCAAUCGCGUCCCAAGUCAUCUUGCAUCCAACUGUUUCCAAGUCUCUCAAGUAUGGCUCAACUACCGUUGGUCGUGACAAGGCAUACAGAGCUUUGCAGUACUUCGCUCGGUUCUACGCUUGGUAUCUCCUUUCUCGCGGCGAAAGGGAUCUUUCUGCGCGAUGGAACUCGCUGAAAUCUCACCUUGCCAUUGCAAGGAAGCUGUUGCGACUCGGAAAACCGAUGGAACAUCUUCAAGCAGCAAUCCGGGCUUGUCUGUCUACAGCGAAUCCCGUUGAACAAGUCGCUACAAUUGGUCGCCAACUUGGAUAUUUCGGAUACCUUACCCUUGAUGCGGUCGUAUGGGCCAACACAAUCAGAUUUGUGACUUUGAAACCUGAGACCGCCACCAAAGUCACCACAUUUUCCAACAGGUUCUGGCUUACCGGCGUGUUGUUCAGCAUCGCUAACGGAGUGGCCAAGAACUCGCGACUCGCACUUGAAACGAAGAAAUUGCAGCACGGUAGUAACGAAAUUGAUUUGAGUGAGAAAGCAGGGCGGGAAACCCGGUUGAGCGCUGUCUCUGCUGCUCGUAAUCAAACAAGGCAGCAGCUUUUGAUAGAUAUGCUGGACCUGUGGAUCCCAGCCACGAAUACUGGAUUGACCAAUUUGAACGACGGUGUAUUGGGUGCAUUCGGCCUGAUAACAUCAGUUUUGGGUGCACAUCAACAAUGGGCAGCUGUGAACGGAAAAUGAGAUGAAAGCCAUUCAAAGUGGGACAGGGUGUUCAUACCACGUAUGCUUUGUACUGUUUUGAAAAACGCCUGUUGUAGUAUUGUAGGAUAUAAAUGAUUAUUUUCCCUGCUCAAAUGCC